AAGUCUCUGUGGCUAUAACCCGUAAAAAGAAGAAAGACGAUGGUGAAAGAAUUCAACACUCAAACGGAAGUGAGCGUUGGGCUAGAAAUCCUAUGGCAAGCUCUGUCCAAGGAUUUGGCCGCUAUAGCUCCAAAGGUAAACCCUCAGCUUGUCAAAGAGGUACAGAUGAUUGAAGGAGAUGGAGGCGUCGGCACAAUCCUUCUUUUCACUCUUUGCUCUAAUUUCACAGGUGGAUCCACAGUAGGUUAUCAGAAGGAGAAAAUUUCAGAGCUUGACGCUGUUUCACGUGAGAUUGGAAUCGAGGUGGUUGAAGGUGGAUAUCUGAAUCGAGGUUUCUCCUACUUCAAGACGCGCUUUCAGCUAUCUGCAAAAGCAGAGGAUCAAACUGUGGUCGAUGUGAAGAUUUAUUAUGAAUCUGAAAAUGAAGAAAUCAGCGACCAAAUUAAGACAGCAGAGUCCACCUACUUUCACUUCUUCAGGAAGCUAGAAAAAUAUCUGUUCAAUAGUGCUUGAAUAUUAUUAUUGCCCAUUUCUCAAAGCUUUGUUUUGUGUAUGUGUGCUUUGUGGGUACUGUUUCUCUCUUAAUAUACUCCAAUAUCUCUUCUACUUGCUUCUCUGUUUCUGUUUAAUAUAGUAUCAGAGUUUGUCUCUAA